AAAGCAAUUUAAAGGAGAUUAUAUCUGCGAGCAGGCAGGGUCGAUCCGGGUUCGCGUUGUUCUCGACGCUAUCGAUCAUGCCAGGAAGCAAAUGGACAACUCUUUCAAAAAAAAGAGGAAAAUAAACAAAGUUGAGGGUGGUGUGGGUUUCGCUUUGCACGCAGCACCGCAUUUUAUAGCACGAUUCGGGAUCAUUUUCCACUGUUGCAAAAACAGAACAUCGACUACGAAUAAAACAAAGCAUGCAUGGAAUUUCUUUAAAAAACAAAACAUGCAGACCAGUGUUUUAUUAGUCUUUAAAUGAUGGCUAGGUGUUUUAAUAAAACUCUUUACGUGUCAGUUGCUUUAGGCUUAGAUACAGCAGAUUGUAUAUAUAUUUUAGCAUUUACUCCUUCUCGAUGCGCAUUCAUUUGUGUUGUAGCUCUUUGUCAGCCCCACUCCCUUACCGUGAGAAAUUCUUCGCCUCGCCAUAGAUUUCCAUCUUUAUUAUUUCAAGCAAAUAGUUUUGCAUGCACAGAGAAUCCACCGAGUCGUCUCAUCGAUUGAAUGAAUGUGACUUUUUUACAUUUUUUUACAGACAAAUCUAGCGAUAUUUUGUUUUCCUUUGUCCGCGGUUAAUGUGCGCUGCACCUUCGUGUACAUGUCUGGUUACAAUGCAGACACGUUCUUAAAAGUUAAAAGGUUUUAAAAAUCGAACUCAAAAGAGUGUGUUUUUUUGGGAGAAUCUCCACAGUCGGUUUGGUGCAUCAGGAAUAGCUCCAGAUUUGGGCCGAGCCGUCCCGCGUGUGUUUUAGGAUGGCUGCCGAGCCGGGUCGCUGCUAAGUGAAGCUGAAAUGCCCCUCCAUUACCUUUGAACCCGGGACUCCUAGUAUUAAUAAUAAAGAAGACUUCGAAGAGCCUCGGAAAGGGCCCAUUGGAGGAACCAGGUCACGUGAUCUCGGGGGUUAAAGGUGUCAGGACCCCUGCAGGAAUAAUAAUAGUAAUAAUAACACAUUUUUAAAAAAUACCAAACUAAAUAUGCAAAAAGCUCUCUAUUACGAGAAUGCAGGGUCUUUCAGGGGGUGUUCUUACCAAGAGCCCACAGGACUCGGGUACAUGGGCCCACAGGCCUACCCAGCUCCAGUGCAGUACCCGUCCGCCAGUUACUACCAGCCGGACACUUCCCCCUGCGCCCCCAGCCGGGAGACCGAACAGAACCCGAGUUCAAGAAGAACAGGUGUCUGCCGCCUCCCCGACCUGGCGGAGCUGCCGCUGUGCUUGCAGCCCGCGGUGCAGUCUCCAGGUUCGAGCAGCACGUCGACUCAGAGCAGUAGCCCGGAUCAGGCACCGGCACCACCGCACCCGGCAGACAAGCUCCCCAGUACAGGCACCUCGGCAGCCGGCCAAGGCAGAAGGAAUUCCACUGGCAAUAACGUACCGAAACAGAUCUUCCCUUGGAUGAAAGACACGCGUCACAACUCCAAGCAGCAAAAAAACGAUUUCAGUUACUCAGGUGAAUCCAGCGCAGAAACCAGCCCUCCCAGUCCAGCUUCCAAGAGAGCACGCACAGCCUACACCAACUCCCAACUGGUGGAACUGGAGAAGGAGUUUCACUUCAACCGCUACCUCUGCCGACCACGCCGGGUCGAGAUGGCCAAGCUCCUGACCCUCACCGAGCGGCAGAUCAAAAUCUGGUUCCAGAACCGAAGAAUGAAAUACAAGAAGGACCACAAACUCAAAGGGGGGGUCAGCUCUUCUCCAGGGGGGUCUCCAAGCCAGAGCCCCUUGAUCGGCUCCUACUUCCAGCCCGGUGACGUUGGGUAUGAAGCCCCUUUGCCCAACACUUACCCCAAGCCUCAUGGCAACGUGGGUUUAGCUGCCUACUCCACCCCGCUGUAUGACUGCCCUCCCCCUCAGAAGAGGUGCAGGGUGGCAGCCGUGGCUUGCGAUUAUGAUCCGCUUUCCCUGCAAGAGGACGGCUACGGCAGCCACAUCCUUCAGGGCAGUCCCGGGUAUGCUGAGCCCAGCUACAGGGAAUCUAUGCCUGGUAACUCGGGUUCAAUCUUCAAUCUCCCCCACGCUUCUUCAAGCUUGGACUACAGCUGUACCGCACAGAUCCCUGGUAAGCACCCCCUCGGACCUUGCGAGCCCCACCCAUCCUACACUGACUUGACCUCGCUUCCCACGCUGCAGGGAACCGCUCAGGAACCUCCUACCCUCACACACCUGUAGGGGAGCUGUUUCCAGAAGACGGGCCAUUUCCAGGGGUUGGUUUUGCCUAUUAGUGUACCAACAGUAUUAUCAUGCUAGUUCUUUAAAAUCAAGGGAAGGAUAGGGAUUACCUCUAUUUAUUAAACUCUGUAAAGAUAUGCAUGUGAAAUAUAUUAUCUUCAGCGAGACUGCAUUUACUGAACAUAUAUAUAUAAAAAAAAACAACAAGUAAGCCAUUAAAUAUUGUAUCAGGUUGAAAUUGAAUUAAAUAAAUAAACAGGGUGUUUUUACAUAUUAUUAUUAUUAUUAUUAUUAUUAUUAUUAUUAUUAUUAUUAUUAUUAUUAUUAUUGUCGUUCUUUUAAUACGACCUCUUCGCCUAUGCUAUUGACUUUCCAAUAUUUGUAUAUGUAAAAUAAAUUACCCCUUUUUUGUAACUUUUGGAGCGAUUCUUCUGUAGAAAACAUAUUUAUAACAUGUCGUUUCUACUGUUUACGGUAUAAUAGAAACUGUCUGUUUAAUUUUUUUUAAGUUUAUAGUUUAUUUGCUUUCCAAUUGUAGUAUUAAAGAAAUAUGCAACAGAGAA